AUGUCCGACCUCCUCGAAGUCCUCCCUAAUUUUGACCUCAAACCGUACUCGCACCUUCUACAUUCUCUGGAGAAAAAUGGCGUCACUGUCGCCGACUUGAUCACUCUUGACCCCAUAGACAUUGCCAGAAAAUGCCCUCUUCCUGCGGCCGACGUCCAAAGAUUGGUUGGAGAUGUCAUACAUGCUCUGCAACGCGACACAUUGCAAGGAGUAAAGAAGAAGCGCAAGACUAGAGCUACGGAUGCAAACAAGACGGCAGACGAUGGUCCAGAGUCGAACGGGAUGGAUGUAGACUCGCCAUUGAAAGUCAGGACCUUGGAUCCGUGCAUAGAUCAAGCGUUGAACGGAGGCUUGCACCCAGGUCACAUUGUUGAGGUGGUUGGUGAGAGUGCUGUCGGAAAGACUCAGUUUGUUCUUGGUCUGCUGCUCUCUGUCCAACUACCUCCGCCCAAGGGACUCGGAAAAGGAUCAAUCUACGUCUCAACUGAAGGACCGCUCCACACCAAACGACUAAGCCAAAUACUCCUUCACCAUCCUGAGUACGAUGGCCUGGAUGCUGAACGAGGACCUUCACUUGAUCGUGUGCAUACUAUCGCAACAAAUGAUCUGGAGGCACAAGAACAUAUUCUUCGGUACCAGCUUCCCGUUGCGGUCCAGCGAUUCAAUAUUGGAUUGAUCGUCCUAGAUUCAGUGGCCGCAAACUUCCGAGCCGAACACGACACUCGGACCGCCGCUCAACUCGCCGACCGCGCCUUUGAGCUUGCCAAAUUGGGAAACAUUCUGAGGCGCAUCGCUAUCGAGAAUAACCUGGUGGUCGUGGUCACCAAUCAAGUGUCGGAUCGCUUCGAUGACUCGAAAAGCCUCCUUUACUCUUCGUCUCCGGCAACACCGUCCUCUCCUGCCGUUCCUGGACUGCACGCAUCGGUGGCGGCGGCUGUGCUGGAGAAACGGAGGGAGGCUCAGAGCCUUGACCAUCAACAACGGUUCUUCACAGGGUGGGGAGACGAGAAAGGAAAGAUCAAGCAUGAACAGAUGAAGACUCCAGCGCUUGGGCUGGCAUGGGCCAAUCAACUAUCUGCUCGCAUUGUCCUUAGGAUGGAGAGUGAACGGCAGGAAUACGCAGGAGGUAAUAUCUGGAAAGACAAGAAGAAAACCCGGACCUUCUCGGUGGUUUUUGCUCCAUGGGCGAGCCCGACGUAUUGUCCACUUCGAUAUGAAAUUGCAGUGCAGGGUAUUGUUUCGAUCCCAGACACCGAAAGGCCCAAAGAGGCACUCGCAGCCGUAGAUAAAGGGCACGUGGACCUUCUGGACGAGGCUUUCUGGGCCACAGAUGAUGAUGAAGAGUUUCCAUAA